UUGUAACAGAGAUGAAUAUUUUCUAGGUUACCUAACCAAGCUUCUGCAAAAUCAUACUGCCUAUGCCUGCGAUGGGGAAUAUUUGAGCCUGCAUUGUUCAACAAUAAGUAUUCAGUCAGCAUUUUAUGGGCAAGACUACCACAUGUGCCAUACUCAGGAGCCUGAAACCAGGAUGACAGAACCCAUAAACUGUGUGGCACCCACCUCUUUGCAGAAAGUACUGGAUGAAUGCCAGAACCUGAGAUCCUGCCAACUCCUUGUCAAUAGUCGGGUUUUUGGACCUGAUCUGUGUCCAGGGACCACUAAAUUCCUCCUUGUCUCCUUUAAAUGCAAACCUACUGAAUACAAAACCAAAUCAGCAUGUGAAAACCAGGAACUGAAACUCCACUGUCAGGAGUCCAAGUUCCUUAUCAUCUACUCUGCCACCUAUGGCAGACGGGCACAUGAGGAGAACGUCUGCUCGACAGAAGCGGAGCGCGUCCCCCCCUUUGACUGCUUGUCUUACAUGGCGCUAGAUGUUUUAUCAAAAAGGUGUUACGGGAAACAGAGAUGCAAAAUCAUUGUCACUAGCCGGGAUUUUGGAAGUCCGUGCCUACCUGGAGUGACCAAAUACCUUAACGUCAGCUAUGCAUGUG